AUUUUUUCUAUUUUUCCUUUAAUCCCAGACAUCUUCCAUAGCACUGAAUUCUUAGAAUCAUAGACAAAACCUGUGGCUGAAAUGUUACACUAAGAGAGAGUAUGUGUAUGUAUACUUCUAUUCUAGGUUUAGCGUCGGGGCCUCCGGCCAUGUACGACCGCGAAUCUUCCUCCAUCAGCCCAGCUCAUCCCACCAACAUACAUCAGCACGUCUUGCGUCAAACCAUCAUCGAUAGAUAAACUGUCUGUUAGUUCAGACACCUUGCGAACGAUAUACUAUGGUGAAUAUCCCAGAAGUAUCGUUUUUGCCAAACGGUACCGUCUCCGAAAAUGGCGGGGAUCCUGUCAAGCUGCUUCUAUGUUGGGUGCGGCAGUCUUGCGAUGACUGUAUAUCAAUGAAAGAUGAUAUCGACUGUAGCUGGUGCCCAUUUUCAUCAACCUGCGUCCCCAACCCGUCCCCAAACUACCCACUCCUAGCCCCCAUCGAACACCCAGACAUCUGUCCCAUGGGCGCCAAAGAACGCUGGGAGGUAAGGGCUCGCGGCCUGGGAUGCAACGUCAGCACGCGCAACUUCUUAUCUGUGUCUGCAGCUGUUGCGGCAUCAUUUGUGUUGAUGGUGUUGGUCGCUCUGUUGUAUGCAUGCCUGAAGGCGACGGCUCGGUCGUGCGCGCGGAGGCAGGAUCGGAGAGAGCGGGGAUACCUCCACGUCGUCUUCUUUAGAGGCUGGGGUGGGAGAUCGGAUAUGGAAGGAGGCAGGUAUGAGCGUCGACGGAGGGAAAGAGAUGGAGAUCGAGUCGACGAGAGGAGCCCUCUAUUGCCAGAUUAAUCUGAUGGCGUGUUGCUGCUAAUAUCCUGUUUCAUAUAAUCAUGAUUAGCGUAACGACACAAUUGAUUUCGUGAUACCCAUAAUAGCAUAGUUUAUCAUCGGUUUUUUUGAAAGUUG